AUGUCUUCCGCGUCAUUUCGUAUAGUAAAACUUUUAUUUCUGCUCGUUAGCAGUGUCCUCGCGGUCAGUGAUGUCGAUUGGUGGGAGUCGGCUACGCUCUAUCAAAUCUAUCCACGCUCGUUUAUGGAUAGUGAUGGUGACGGCGUGGGCGAUUUGAAUGGCAUUACGUCACGGCUGCCUUUCCUCAAGGAAAUAGGCGUGACCGCCACUUGGCUGUCGCCUAUCUUCGAGUCACCGAUGGCCGAUAUGGGUUACGAUGUCACCAAUUUCACGAAAAUUGAGCCACUCUUCGGCACGAUGGAAGACUUUGAUGCCAUGGUGGCGAAAGCGCAUGAGUUAGGCUUGAAGAUAAUUCUAGAUUUUGUGCCAAAUCAUUCGAGUGAUGAGUGCGAAUGGUUUCAAAAGUCUAUAAGUCGUGAAGAUGGUUACGAUGACUUCUAUACAUGGGGCGACGCUAAGAUAGAUCCACAAACGGGUGACCGUAUGCCACCAAGCAAUUGGCGUUCGCUAUUCGAAGGUGAGGGAUGGACUUGGAACGAGCAGCGCCAACAAUACUAUUUCCACCACUUUCUGGCUAAGCAACCGGAUUUUAAUCUCAGAAGUCCAAUGGUUCGCCGACAUUUAAUCGAGGUUAUGGAGUUUUGGCUGGAUCGCGGUGUGGACGCUUUUCGAAUCGAUGCGGUGCCACACUUUUUUGAAAAGCGCUUUGAGAAUGGCACAUACCCGGACGAAGAAGUUAGUGGCCUAACCAACGACACAACUAGUUUCUUAUACUACACACACAAGUACACUAUGAAUCAGCCUGAGAAUGCGGAGAUAUUGUAUGAGUGGCGUGAAUUUUUAGACGAGUACCAACGGCAACAUGGCGGCGACACACGCGCUACCGUGGGCGAAGCUUAUGCCCCAAUCGAUAUUUUAAGCGACUAUAUCCACAAUGGCACCCACGUCGGCCUUCAACUGACCAUGAAUUUCAACUUUAUUCAAUUGGGAGACACUACGACGGCGAAAGAUGUUGAAAAACUUGCUGACAAUUGGAUGAAUGUCAUGUGGACCAAACAUAAGCAAGCCAACUGGGUUGUCGGCAAUCAUGACAACGGCCGGCCGGCGACGCGCAUAGGGAAACAACGCGGUGAUAUGAUGACGAUUAUAGCACACGCCAUGCCUGGCACAUCCGUUACUUACUAUGGUGAUGAAAUCGGCAUGACCGACUAUGAAGCUGAAUGCACAUGGGACAGUUGCGACUUCCGUGACCCCGAGCGGACACCAAUGCAGUGGGAUUCUACGACAAAUGCCGGUUUCAGCAAAGGCAACUCAACUUGGUUGCCCGUCAAUUCAAAUUAUAAGACGCUCAAUGUACAGCGACAGCGAGGUGUUGCGCGUAGCACAUUGAAUAUAUACAAGGCCAUGACGGCGCUUAAGAAAACGGUUGCUUUCAAAUCGUUCAAAGAGGAGGGCGGUUUCGCGUAUGAGGCUUUGACAGAGCAAGUCUUUCAAAUUAUCAGAACUGCACCAAAUAUUGAGGAGUAUCGUGUACUUGCCAACUUCGGCGAUCAGAUCGAGUAUUUAGAUGGUUUGACGAACAAAACUAUGGAGUAUGUCAUACUUAACUCUUACUCGCCGCACAGAUACGGUGAUAAAGUGGAUUUGAGCAAACGAAUUUACCUAAUGCCCUAUGAAGCAGUGGUUCUGCGUUGGGUCGCCUGAAGUAUUUACAAGAAUUAAUUUAAUUUCAA